AAAAAACUCUUGUUCAGAGCCGGAGUGAAGGGCCGCUCCGUAGAUGGCCAGCUUUCCUCCGAGUGUUAACGAGAAGCUCAUUGGAAGAUCACGGACAGUAGGAGAACUCUUAGCUCCAGUUUCUCCUUUCGAUAAGAAGUGUGGACGUGAGAACUGGACAGUUGCUUUUGCUCCAGAUGGCUCCUACUUCGCUUGGUCACAAGGCCAUCGCAUAGUAAAGCUUGUGCCCUGGUCUCAGUGCCUUAAGAACUUCUCAUUGCAUGGUGUAAAGAAUUUUGCCAACUUAAAUCAUUCCAAGCUUUCAAGGCAGAACAGUGAUGGCAACCAGAAAAACAAGCCCUGUGAGCAGGUCAUAGAUUGUGGUGACAUAGUCUGGAGUCUUGCAUUUGGAUCAUCAGUACCUGAGAAACGGAGUCGUUGUGUGAAUAUAGAAUGGCAUCGGUUCAGAUUUGGUCAAGACCAGCUUCUAUUAGCAACAGGCUUAGCCAAUGGACGUAUCAAAAUAUGGGAUGCCUAUACAGGGAAGCUCCUCCUUAAUUUAAUGGACCAUACUGAAGUUGUCAGACACUUGACUUUUGCCCCUGAUGGCAGCCUGAUACUAGUAUCGGCCUCAAGAGACAAAACAUUACGAGUGUGGGACCUAAAGGAUGAUGGAAAUAUGAUGAAAGUAUUAAGAGGACACCCAAACUGGGUGUAUAGCUGUGCUUUUUCUCCUGAUUCUUCCAUCCUCUGCUCUGUGGGAGCCAAUAAAACAGUAUUGCUUUGGAAUAUGGAUAAAUACACCCUCAUCCGAAAAUUGGAGGGGCAUCACAACGAUGUUGUAGCCUGUGAGUUUUCCCCUGAUGGAGCCUUGCUGGCUACUGCAUCUUACGACACCCGCGUCUACGUCUGGGACCCCCAUAUUGGAGCAGUAUUGAUGGAGUUUGGGCAUCUGUUUCCCCCUCCAACUCCAAUAUUUGCUGGAGGAGCAAAUGACCGCUGGGUCAGAUCUGUAUCUUUCAGUCACGAUGGACUGCACAUUGCAACACUUGCUGAUGAUAAAACACAGGACGGAAGUGUGUAUUUCUGGACCUCUCCUAAACACAUUCCCAGCCUCCAGCAUUUGUGUCGGAUGGCUAUCAGACGGGUGAUACCUACAAGAAAAGUGGAGACCUUGCCUGUUCCCUCGGCCAUCAUUUCUUUCCUUUCCUACCGGAGUUAGAAAAACAAUCAGAAAUGAAUAAAACAGCAUCAGGCAUUUAAAAGCCUUUUGAGCUUCAGUGGCCCACAGGUUUUAACAUGGCUUUAUUUCCUGAGAAAAGAUAAUCAAGAUCCCAAAUAUUGACCACAUUGAAUUUCUAAAGGUAUUAUUUAUAGAAAAACAACCGAGUAGGCCUGUUUCCCGAAAUUGUGGAAUAGCUUUUUCAAAAGAAAGCUCUAACUGUGAAACCUUGUACAUAAUUGGAUGUCAGCUGCUAUGUGCUAUCCAUGUGUAUCUUUUGAGAUUGCUUUUUUUUAACAAGUAUGUAGUGUGCAUGCACAGGCAGUUCACGUGUAUAUAAAUGUGUGCAUGAGGGUAUAUUCACAGUAUAUAAGCCUCUAAAAUUCACCAGUGUUUGCCUCUUUCCCCCCAGAUGUAAGAACUGUUAUAUCAACUUGCACAAUACAUCCAAGUCAUACAUUCAUGUGUCUGUUGUCUCCGGAGCCACCAGCAAAAUCGGUGCUGUGUAAAAUAGGGCAGUAAUUCUCAUCUUAGAUAAAUGCUGGCAAAAUCUUGAGCAGCUUUUGUCGUAUACAUUAAGUAUACAAAUCCAACACUGCAUUCACCUUACAACAGGGAUGGGCAACUAUGGUCCCUUUAUGUCCUAUGGACUUCAAUUUCCAGGCUCAGGAAUUCUGGGAAUUGAAGUCCACAGAUCAUAAAGGGGCCUUAGUUGCCCACCCCCUGAUCUUACAAGGUGGAAGCUGGACGUUUUCUCAAAGCCCCCAACACAGGCUGGACAGUUCAUUUAGCAGGAACAUCUCCUUUCCCAAGGAGGCCUUAAUUUUGUAGCAAAAGUUUAUUUGGGAGCAUGCAAGGUCCUUAAACUUUUGAAUUCCUGCCUGAAGGCUUCCAGUAAAUGAGCUAUCCACAAGCUCUCUUUUUCAUUAUCCUGUGAGGCUUUGUCAUGUCAAGGCAAAAUACUAGGUGCACUACCAAAGACAAACAACUUAGUUUUUCUUAGCUUUUGCCUUCACUUUAUCUGGACAUGCAGAUACAAAGAAUGUAUGCAUUGCUUAAAAUGCCUGACUAUAUUUUGUUUGAAUUUUUUUAUAUGUAUAUUAAAUCA